UCAUCUCCGAUUAGAUGCAUACAGGGACCAGUCUACCUUAUGUUAGUAGUUGGAUCAACUUUGCAGUGAGACGUUUUGUUCAGGAGCUUGAACUCUGUAUUCCUAAAACGACAUCAGAUAAGUUACCAGAUUUGCUUUUCACUUGUGAAUCAUUGAGGCUUUUGAAACUGGACUUGCCAGGCAAUGUUCUCAAACUCCCAACAUCUGUUACUCUGAUUAACCUUCAAACUUUGCAUCUUGAGACAAUGUCUUUCCGAGAUGAUAAUGUUAUUUGGGAGCUAAUAUCAAGUUGCCCAAAACUUGAGAACUUGUGCAUGAACAACUGCUCAAUGUAUCGCAUGAAGAUCCUGAAUAUUUGUUCUAGUGAACUGCAGAAUUUGUCUCUAAUUGGCUGUCACAUUCUCUCGUCUAGUGAGGUCAAUAUCUCAGCUCCGAAGCUCAAGUCAUUCCGGUACAGCUGCCCUGUGGUACGCAAAUUUUCACUUGAGCACUUGUGCACCUUGACCAAAGCUGACAUUGAUCUCCAUGGAUCACUAUAUUUCAUGAAAAGGAACAAAGAACAUGCCAACAGAGCCAUUAAAAUUCUCGAUAGACUUAGUAAUGUUAGAACCCUCACUUUAUCUUCCAGUUGCAUUGAGUACCUGGCUACUGCACUAGACUUGCUGGAAAGCUUCUCUUGCAACUUAAAUAAUGUGAGACAUUUAGAUGUUUCAUUCUGGUGCCACAAGAGCUACAUCAAAGUGCUGAGUUCUUUGCUCAUGUGCUGCUCUGCAAUCGAAACUCUUUCUGUAGCCAUUGACAUGACACCUGCAGGAUCAAUUGAUGUACAAUUUAAGAAUGUAGUGACAACAGUACCAAUGUGCCCACUGUACAAUCUGAAGACUGUGAAUCUGAGGAACUUUGUAGGUGUUAACAAGCUUGAUCUGGUGAAGUUUCUGGUCAAGAAUGCAGAGGUGUUAGAGAAGAUAGUCACUAUUUCUGGGGAAGGAGUCGCCAAAGAAAGAACCAUAGGAUGGAUCAAAAGACGUGCACAAUAG